AGCUGUCACUGUGACAGCUCUCGAUAGUUUUGUGCCAGCCCAUCGCUAUACCUAUCGCCAGGCUCGUGAGAUUCUCGGCAGUUGAAAAUUUUUCGUCGUACUCUCGUAACAACAAAGUCUAUAUGCAAUUUUUCAUGUCCAAAAACAAAAGCAGCGACAAAUCGUCAGACAGCAGCAACAUGUCCGCCUACAAGCUGGAGACCGCCCCGUUCGACCCACGGUUCCCUAACCAGAACGUGACCCGCUACUGCUACCAGUCGUACAUCGACUUCCACCGCUGCCAGAAGAAGCGUGGCGAGGACUUCGCGCCCUGCAACUACUUCCAGAAGGUCUACAAGUCGAUGUGCCCCAACGCCUGGGUGGAGAAGUGGGACGACCAGCGCGAGAGCGGCACAUUCCCCGGCCGCAUCUAAGCUGCGUCCGCUAAGCAGCAACACACAGUAAACCCAGCAAUCCAGCACCCAAACACACAGGACGCGGUCGAUGGACGGACGGAGGUAGAGGAGCGUGGUAACCAGAAUCCAGCAAUUGCAACAGAGACUAGUUUGUGCUUGUGUUUGUGCUCUCCCCAGCGAUGAAUGCAGACCAUCAUCGGCAAAUACAACAAAUACACGAAUGUUCAAUUACUUGAAUUCUAAA